AUGUACAUAGUUGCAGCAUCUUUGAUCAAUGGAUAUUGCAAGAGUAGAAGGAUGAACGAUGGAAAAUCUCUUCUUGCUGAAAUGUCUGAAACAGAAUUGACUCCUAAUACUGUCACUUACAGCACUGUUAUGCAAGAUAGCUUCUGCAAACAUGGACAUUUAGAUGAGGCAUUACAACUGCUUAAGGAAAUGCAAAAGAGGAAAAUAGAACCUAAUAUCGUCGUUGAUAAUAUUCUUAUUCAAGGCAUGUUUAUUGCUGGGAAGCUUGAAAAUGUCAUGAUCAAGGGACUUCCUAGAGAAGGGCAGUCAGAUGAAGCAUACAAAUUGUUUCGAAAAAUGAAAGACGAGGGCUUCUUGCCGGAUAGUUGCUCUUAUAAUGUUAUCAUUCAAGGAUUUCUUCAAAAUCAGGACUCAUCAACUGCUAUACGACUUAUUGAUGAAAUGGUUGGUAAAAGAUUCUCGGCAGAUUCAUCUACAUUUCAGAUGUUAUUAGAUCUGGAAUCUCGUGAUGAAAUCAUAAGCUGA